AUGACUUCGGCAACUAUGAAUUCCAGGGUUAACCUGAAGGAUACCCUCAAGUUACCAACUACAACAUUUCCUAUCAGAAGUAGCCUGACUCCAGCUUCUGCGAAAGAACUUUUGGAGAAAUGUACGGAUGAUUUAUACAAGUGGCAGUGGGAGAAUCUACCAAGUGAUAAAACAUUCGUAUUUCACGAUGGCCCGCCAUUUGCAAAUGGGGCUCUACAUACAGGUCAUGCCAUGAACAAAAUCCUGAAGGAUAUCAUUGUCCGAUACAACAUCAAAUUGGGCAAAAGGGUAUCAUAUAUUCCAGGAUGGGAUUGUCAUGGACUUCCUAUCGAGCUUAAAGCUCUGCAAAAUAUCCGUGGCACAACUGAAAACGUUUCUAUGAUGUCACCCGCAGAGGCUAUAGAAAAAAAUAAAGAUCUCCAUGCCACUGAAAUACGUGGACUGGCCCGAAAGCUUGCUGCAGAAACGGUUGAAACGCAGAAAGCUGGAUUCAGAAGCUGGGGUGUCAUCGGCGACUGGGAAAAUGCCUAUCGGACAAUGGACUUGGAAUAUGAAGUUCGACAGCUUCGUGUGUUUAAAGAAAUGACUAAGAAAGGCCUCAUCUACAGACACUUCAAACCCGUAUAUUGGUCGCCUAGUUCAAGAACUGCUCUUGCUGAAGCUGAGCUCGAGUAUAAUGAGGCCCAUAAUAGCAAAGCGGCUACUGUCAAGUUCCCACUUGCAAACCUAGGCUCUUACCUUUCCUCACUCCCCAACGUCGACAAAACUAUCAGUGCAGCUAUCUGGACUACUACUCCAUGGUCCAUCCCAGGAAAUCUUGCCAUCUUAAUCAAUCCAGAUCUAAAAUACGUCGUAGUGAAUUCUUCGAAGCAUGGGCAGCUUUUGGCAGGUGAGGAACGGGUCGAACAUCUGCAAAAGCUCAUGGAUGAAGAACUUGAAGUUAUUGUCAAAGAUAUCCCUGGAAAGGCUCUUUUGGAUGUAACUUACAACCAUCCUCUCUUCCCCUCAACCGCUUCUCCGCAUCCAGUCCUCGCAGCAGACUAUGUUACUUCAGACACUGGCACAGGUCUCGUCCACUGCGCGCCGGGCCAUGGCAUGGAAGACUAUCUCACUUGUCAGAAACACAACAUCCAGCCAUUCUCCCCAGUUGACGACUCUGGAAACUAUACUUCGGAUGCUUUGCCCACCUAUGACCUAACUGGACUCCCCGUCCUCUCCGCAGGACAAGACAAAAUUAUUUCUCUCCUCUCGGACCACAACGUCCUCCUCGGCUGCCAGCCUAAAUUUCUACACAAAUACCCCUACGAUUGGCGUACAAAACUCCCAAUCAUCCAACGUGCAACCCCACAAUGGUUCGCCGGUGUAGAAAUGAUCAAAGAGUCUGCUAUUUCCGAAAUUGAAAAAAUACAGUUUGUUCCCGAAGCCGGCCAGCAUCGUCUUCACGCCUACGUAUCAGGACGUGACGAAUGGUGUAUUUCCCGGCAGAGAACAUGGGGCGUUCCAAUCCCCGCUUUGUAUGAAGUUGAAAGCGGUGAUGCUCUCCUAACCGAAGAAAGCGUUGAACACAUCAUCUCCGUCAUUGAGAAGAAAGGUACAGAUGCAUGGUGGUCUGACCCGGAUUCUGAGGAAUGGGUAGCCCCUCAAUACCGUGACAAGAAGUACAAACGUGGAACGGAGACUAUGGACGUCUGGUUUGACAGUGGAACUAGUUGGACUCUUAUUCGCGAAAAACUCGGAGAGCGGGAAGGUCGUGCACUGGUGGACAUCUACCUCGAGGGAUCGGAUCAACAUCGUGGAUGGUUUCAAUCUUCGCUUCUUACUUGCGUAGCGAGCACAGGGAAGGCGCCUUAUGAGAAAGUUGUCACACAUGGGUUUGUUCUCGACGAGAAGGGAAAGAAGAUGUCAAAGUCUUUGGGGAAUAUCAUCAGUCCCCAAGAAAUCAUUGACGGGUCGUAUUGGCAACGAGCCGGCCAGAUGGCAAAAGUUGCACAGAAACCUGAGAAGGCAAAGAAACAGAAGGCGGAAAAGAAGCCAAAAGUCGUAGCGGAGUCAUCACAACCGGCCAAGAAGGAACAAAGCCCUGAUAUAGAUACUUUGAGACUUUGGGUUGCUAUGACGGACUUUACAGCGGACGGAACCAUCGGCGAAAAAGUCUUGAGAUUUGCACAGGAGGCCCUGAGGAAAUAUAGGAUGACAGGUAGAUUCUUACUCGGAAACCUCGGGGACUGGGAUGGAAAAGAAGUACCAUACAAUGAACUUCUCAAGAUCGAUCAAUACGCUCUAUAUCGACUUGCAGAGCUAAACCAGUCGUCUAAGGCAGAGUAUGACACUUUCGCCUUUAGCAAAAUCUUCCACUCAACCAACGUCUUCAACAAAGUAUUCCUAUCAGCAUUCUACCUCAACAUCCUAAAAGACAGACUCUACGUUGACGACGGCAUCUCUCGUGCAUCCGCACAAACAACACUCUUCUACAUCCUCAAGCAUUACCUCAACAUUCUAUCUCCAAUCGUUCCCCUCCUAACCGAGGAGAUCUGGAGCCACUCUACCCCGGCUAUUACACAGAAUAUGGACCAACCUGUGAAGAGUCAAUGGGUCGAACCCCCAGCAGAGUGGUCAAGCGAAGCUGCAAAGGAAUUAGGAAGGAAAUUCCAAUCCUUUGAUAGUUGCGUAGAAGCCGUUAAUCUCGUGGUUGAGGAUGCAAGAAACGCGAAGAGUCUAAGAGCGAACUUGGAAGCGGAUAUCAUCCUCGUCGUUCCUGAGGGCGGUGAAGCACAGAAAUUCUUGAAUGAAAUUGAAUCAGAACUUACCGCCAUCCUCCUCUGCUCAAAAGUUCACGUUUCAACCUCACAACCCACAAAUCUAGAUGAAGGAGCAUGGUCAUACUCCAAACCGUUUACCCUCUUACAAGAGGAAGGAACAGUGAUCGCCGUACCAGCAAAUGGCCAGAAGUGUCCAAGAUGCUGGAUGUAUACGUCCAGGAGUGAGGUAGAGGCUUGCGACCGUUGCGCGGGUGUCGUACAGAGACUUGGUAGCUGUACUGCUACCGCAUAA